AUGCAGAUGACGGGAGUGCGCACAGGUCCAGCUAGGAGAGCUGUUGUCAACGGGGAGACAACAGUGACACAGUUUACAAGUCUCAUUUCUUCAAUUCCCAUAUUUUUACAUUUUUUGGUUUUCGGGUUGCUCAUUGGACAUUGGGAAAUCAUUUCAUCGUAGACUAGCCAGUUAGAAGGCAGUUGCCUAAGGUUCACUGGAGAGCUAUCGCUUAGAUUCAUUGAUAAAACUGAAAGCGGACUUGGUCUAAUAAUAGAGGAUACUCUAUCAUGGUUCUCCCGAGGUAUCAUAGUUGACAAAUUGGCAGUUAUAAGAUUACCCGAUUCCGGAUCAACUCUCGCCAAAUUAUCAUACAUGCCAGCUACUAAAGCAGCUUUGACAGCUGCCCAAUUUUCCGAAUUGGCAUUGAGGUCACGAAUAUCUCCACUUCCUCUUGCCUUCACAAAUCCGGAAGCUCGCAGCUGACCCAGUAAUUGAGUCCUCACUGUUGUUACAAUAUCGAAGGCAGCAGCAGAGAUGUAAUUCUUUUUGCAAAAACUUUGUUCCCAUCCCUCGAAUCUAGCCUUUUGCCAGAACUGGAAAGCUCGCAGCAACACCAUGUGA